AUGCAUUCUCUCAUUUUAUUUACAGGCUUGCUUUUUGACGUAAUUGACUGGGGACAAAAUGGGGGAAACGCUUUUGAAGACAAUGAUCUAUCCACGUACUGUGUACCAGAAGCUGGCAUCGACCUCAUAGUGUUAGCUUUUCUCUAUGAGUAUGGCGAUGGGAUACGAGCAUAUUCUCUCUCGUCACAGAAGGAGGCUGAAACGCUUGACCAGCAGCUCUGGGGCGCAUAUGGAAAUACGAAAAGUAAUGUUGUACAUCGACCCUUUGGAACAACUUUCUUUUACAACAAUCCUAGCUGCUCGGUUAAUGGUGCCAUCAAUCUUGGGUCCUGGGUGACCGCUGGAACUGUAUCUUCCAACACCAAAAUAUUGAUCGGUUUACCAGUCUCUCCUUAUGCAGCCACGGGAACAUACGAUGGAGCUCAGUAUUACCCUCACUACCCUCAGUUAGGUGGCGUUAUGUUGUGGUCUGCUGGAUUCUCAGAUAUUAACAUAAACCACGGGUGUAACUAUGCUCAGCAAGCCCGCAAAAUUCUCAACAUGGGAUCACCAUGUUAG